AUGGAGGCUAUCUCAUAUGGAGAGGAACGAGUGAAUAAAAUUUUAAAUGGUGAAGAAGAUCCUCUGGGACCACCAAAUAAUCAGCAAAAUAAUUCUAAACACAAUACUGAACCAAGUGGUAGUAAUUUUAGUGACAAUCUAAACAAAAAACAAUCAAGAGAAGCUUAUACUUAUCUUAAUUCAAAUCUUCAUUUAUCUAACCAUCAUACUUUUACUGGAAGUACUUUAAAUACAGUUUCAGAUAAUAUUGCUUCAUAUGUAGUAAACCAAGCCAAAAUGAGUAUGUUCCUGGGGCAAAAUGCUGCUUUACCAAUUUAUAAUGAUAAUCAAGAAUCAACUUUACUAAAUGUUAAUGAAGAUGAGUUUAUGGAUUUAUUAGAUGAAGAUAGUUUUCAAAAUAAAGAUAAUUGGCAAAGACAAGUUGACAAGUGGAAUAAAAUGAUUGAUGAAAAGCAAGUACAGGAGAAUAAAAAAGUUUAUAAUUUGAUUUAG